UCAGGGAAGACAGUGGAAACUCUUGCCUUUUGUGAUAGUGGCAGCUCUGGAACUUUCAUGAGUAAGAGUCUGGCUGAUCAGCUUGGGAUGUGCUCAAAGUCCACUACCAUUUCUGUUGACACUGUGUGUGGAUCUGGGAGUGAGAUUUCCACAUCUGUGAUGGAGGAUGUGAAAGUUGGUCCCCUGAAGGGUGAAGGUCUGUUCUCGCUCCCUCCAGUGUUCACUCUUGAUCGCAUUCCUGUGUCCACUGAGGAUGUGUGUGACAGAGUUGAGUUGAGUGCUUGGCCACACCUGUGUGGUGUGGAGCUGCCGGAGACUGAUGUUGAUCUGCGUGAGGUGGAUCUACUGAUUGGUGCAAACUGUCCACAGCUGUUGGUGCCGGAUGAGGUGAGGAAGCCUGAGGGCGACGGGCCGUGCGCUCUGCGCACCCGCCUCGGGUGGUACGUGAUUGGACCCUCCCAUCGGUCGGCUCGUGAUCCUGUGGGUCAGCACUCUGUGAACCGGAUCGGCGUUUCGCGUUCUGACAUUCCUGGUAAGGUCUCUGAGGCUGAUCUGUUCGUUCAGCUGUACGAUCAGGAUUUCAAAGACGCAGCUGAUGAGACUGAGAGUUUGUCCGUGGAGGACAAGGAGUGGGUGAGCAUGGUCAAAUCUAAGCUGAGGAAGGAUGAGAUGGGCCAUUUUGAGAUAGGUCUCCCACUCCGUGAUGUCAGUGACUUGCCGGAUAGCUACUUCACAGCUAAAAGGCGCUUGGAGCCUCUCAGGCGACGCUUGUCUGGCAACCCCGAUCUUCGUGAUGAGUAUGUUUCUGUUGUUCAGCGACUGUUUGAUGAGGGCUACGCUGAGGUGGUCCCUGAUGCUGAGGUUGAGACUGGGGAAAGGGUUUGGUAUUUGCCGCACCACGGUGUUCGGCAUCCAGAGAAGAAGAAACUAAGGGUGGUUUUUGAUUGUUCUGCAAAAACUGAUGGCCUGUGUCUGAACGAUCUGCUGAUCAAGGGACCCAACCUCACCAACUCACUUGUUGGGGUGCUGCUUCGAUUCCGCCUGAAUCCUGUGGCGUUCACGUGUGACGUGGAGUCGAUGUUCCACAGGGUUCGACUUCCUGCUGCUGAUGCGAACAUGCUGCGUUUCCUGUGGUUCAGGGACGGCGAUGUCGGCGGUGACGUGGUGGUCUGCCGCAUGAAAUCGCACAUCUUCGGCGCGGUGUCUUCUCCCAGCGUCGCAGGGUUUGCACUGAGGCAGUGCGCUGAAGAAGGUAAGGCCGAGCAUCCAGAGGCUGCUAGGAUUGUUGAUCAGAAUGUCUAUGUAGACGAUGCACUGGUAUCGGCUUCAUCAGUGGAUGAGGCUGUUCGUUUGGCCAGCGAUUUGAGACAGUUAUGUCAGACAGGCGCAUUUAACAUGCGCAAGUUCACGAGUAACAGCACAGAGUUCCUUCGGAGCAUUCCGCGUGAGGACAGGGGCAACAACGCGAAGGAUCUUGACCUCCAGGUAGAGUCGUUGAAGCCAGAGCGUGCUCUAGGCAUGCUUUGGUCAGUGGAGGAUGACACGUUCCGGUUCCGCUUCGCUGACAGGCGCAGACCAGUGACGAGACGAGGCAUUUUAUCCACAGUGAGUGCUUUGUUCGAUCCGCUUGGCAUCGUCUCGCCAGUCACCUUGAAGGGCAAGGUCUUGGUCCAGAAGCUGUGCCUGAUGUUCUGUGGCUGGGACGACGCCAUUCCGGCGCCCUUGGAGGACGAGUGGUCUGAGUGGUUGGCGCAGGCCAACCGCCUCGAUGCGGUCAGCCUGGACCGAUGUUUCGGGGCUGCUUCUGGUGAGGCUGCUCGUCAGCUUCACGUCUUCUCGGACGCCAGUGAGACUGGUCACUCAGCAGUGGCGUUCCUGAGAACGGAGACGCCGGCAGACGACGGUGGUGUCGUGUGUACCGUGCGCUUUGUUAUGGGGAAGGCUUUGGUGAACCCUGUGAAGUUCGUAACGAUCCCUCGUUUAGAGUUAGCCGCGGCCGUGGUGGCUACAAGGCUGAGGGAUCUGAUUGUGAAGGAGUCUGGCCUUCGUUUCAGCAGCUCGUACCUAUGGACUGACAGCACAGUCGUGCUGAAGUACCUUCGUAACAGGACGGCUCGGUUUAAGACUUACGUGGCAAACCGAGUCACUUUCAUUCGAGACAGGACGUCAGUAGAGGAUUGGAAAUACGUCCCGUCUGCUGCCAACCCGGCAGAUGUCGGAUCACGUGGAUCCACUCCAGAGGACUUGGACAUGUGGUUGAAGGGGCCGGACUUCCUUUCAGCGAGCGAGGAGAGCUGGCCGUGUGAGCCGGGGCGGUCAGUUGAUGAUUCCGAUGAUCCAGAGAUCAGACAUCCCUCACCUGCGACUGUUGUUGCAGCGGUCGCUGAGGUUCCUCAGGUGUCGGCUGCAGUGUCGGGUCGCGAGCAGCCGUCCGCGACUGAGAAGCUGCUCAGUCACUUCUCGUCUUGGUACAGACUCAAGAAGGCCGUAGCAUGGUACAUACGGUUCUUUCAGGUGCUCAAAGGGAGACUGCUCUCACGGGCGCGCGUGAUCCGCGAUCGGGGUCUGCGCGCUCGCGGAGUGGGGUUGGAGACGUCUCUGAGCGUGGACGAUCUAAGGUCUGCUGAGCUGAACAUUCUCAGGCAUGUUCAGGAGACCAGCUUCCCCGAGUUUUAUGAUCGUGAAGGCACGGUAAACGUGAAGUCGAGCUCCCUCAAGGGGCUGAACGUGACGCUGAAGGACGGACUGUUAGUCGUAGGGGGUAGGUUGAGCCGCUGCCCAGUUGAGAGCAGCGCCAGGUGUACUGUGCUCCUACCGAGGAACCAUCAUGUGACACGACUGGUAAUGCGUGACGCUCACGUGUCAGUGGGGCAUCAGGGUCGCGAGCACACGCUGAGUAAGAUCCGAGAGAGAUUUUGGAUAGUGGGGGUGGGACCUCUGGUCAGGAGCUUAGUGCGAUCCUGCGUGACCUGUAGGAAGGUUAACGCAGCCCCAGAGCAGCAGAUGAUGUCAGAUUUGCCAGAGGACCGGGUGACGCCGGACACGCCAGCUUUCACGUCGGUAGGUUUAGAUGUGUUCGGACCAGUGAUGGUAAAAAGGGGUCGCCAUGAGAUCAAGCGCUAUGGUCUUAUGUGCACCUGUCUGGUCACCAGAGCAGUUCAUGUUGAGGUUCUCCAGUCGUUAGAGACAGAUUCACUGAUCAAUGCGAUUCGCCGCAUUGUAGCACGUAGAGGGCCGAUUCUUAGGAUAAGGAGCGAUUUGGGCACGAACAUGGUAGGGGCCAACAAUGAGCUACGGGCCGAGCUUGAGAGGUUAGAUGUAAGUACGCUGCAGCAGUUCGCUCUGUCCAAAGGGAUUGAGUGGAUCUUCAAUCCACCUGCUGCUUCCCACUUUGGGGGAUGCUGGGAGCGAUGCAUCCGAACGUUUAGGAAGGUUUGGAGGUCUAUGCCGACUCAGAGACUUGACGACGAGGGACUGAGCACACUGUUCUGUGAGAUUGAGUCAGUGCUUAACAGUAGACCGCUGACACACGUUUCCGAUGACAACGGGAACCUUGAGCCGCUCACGCCCAAUCACCUGCUGCUCUUACGAGGCGGUGGUGAAGGCAUACCAGGUAGGUUUGCUGACGAGCAGUUUUCCGCCAAGCAGUGGAGAAGGGUCCAGUACCUCGCUGACCAGUUUUGGCUCAGAUGGAGGCGCGAGUACUUGCCGACCUUACAGCGGCGCCAGAGGUGGGUAUCUAAGUCUAGGAACGUAGAGCAAGGAGACGUCGUGUUACUGAUAGAUGAGGAUGUGCCGAGAGGUCAUUGGCGCAUGGGCAAGGUGACGCAGACGUUUCCGAGCAAGGACGGUUUGGUGAGAAAGGUGUCCCUGAGAACUGGUGGCACGGUUUUGACGCGGCCGGUGCAUAAGCUGAUAGUCCUGCUGCCGACUGCUGACCGGAGCCUGAGCUAGAUUGCGAUCGUCUGGAGCCGACUGCGGCUCAGACCUGAGUUACCGAGUGUUGUCGCGGCGCGGUGAUAGUUAAGUGUUUUAUUCGGUGCUUAGUGUUAAGUGAUGAGUGUUAAGUGUCCUCAACCCUGUCGGUUGAGCGGGGGCAGUGCUGGCGCCGUUGUCGCCUGGCGAUGGUAACUUUUAGUUGUCUGGGCGCUUGGCAGAUGGCGGUGUGAUUUUCGGUUGUCCGUUUGCUAUCGAUUUAUUGAUACGUUUAUUUUUUGGUUUGGUGCCUUGUUUCUUUUGGUUUAUUUUAGGUAUCGAUUUGUAAUUUAGUUUUGUAUUGUGAUCCGCGGUCAUAAGUUAUUUGGAUUUUGUUCGAUUUACUGACCGUGACCUCUACGGUCACGUGACCCGGCGCCGGCUGACCUGCCACGUCACCCUUCUGGGUCAGCGGAGGGGC